UCUGGGGUAUAUUUCAAAGAAGGAGUAACUUAUGGUUACCUUGUUGAUGGAUACGGCGCGAUGCGCGAUGUUUGUAAUGGUCGCGUAAUUAUUUCUCAUGGGCAACUCUUGACCGAUGCAUCUGUAUCUGCGUUAAUCAAAAAUUAUAUUAAUAAACAACCGUUGGCAAUGAUUGUCGGAAAUAAAAAGAAUGCAGAGUUUAGAGUUCCGGCCCGCUACUGUGUGAUGGG